AUGCUUGUGCUGCUGAGCAAUCCAGGCGCACCUUGGCAACCGGCGGCAACGACUUGCGGCGUCAGCAUUCGAACGGUUCUCGAGGUGGAUAUCCUUUGGCCGCGUUGGGCGUCAACGGCGGUCCAGCACUACUGCGACACUGGCACGCCGAUCAACCCAAGUGGGUUCGCCACACGCGGUCGCCGCAUGACGCCAACGAGCUCUCAGCUCGAUGCCGCGGUUGGCCAGUUCGGGCCGCGUGAGCGUGUGGUGAAGCCGCCGACGAAAAGCGGCGAGUUCCUAGUCUGCGAGCUGUGCGACGCGGGCAAGCUCGCCGAUGGCAUCGCGGUCUCAACCGUCAACAAGACGGGCUCGGCCGCGAACGCUUGGGGCGAGAAGCCACAUUCAGAGGCGCAGGCGUGGUGCGACCUGGUGGAGGCGGACAGGCCGCUCGGCGUCUCGAAGCUCUUCAAGUAUUCGUGCGUGGUGUGCGUCCGCACGGCGCAGGUCUUCUCGCGCGAGUACUUUCCGAUCGCCAAGCCCUCGCAGAGCGUCCUCGCGGCGGUGCGCGAGAGCGGGUCGCACGAGGGCAUGCGCGCCCUCGUCGCGCUUGCCAAGGGCGAGGUCCUGGCCGACGGCGUCGACCCGCGGCAGCGGCGCGAGCUGCUCCUCACGCUGCACUUCUCCGUGCUCGUCUCAGAGUACGCGGCCGCCGUGCGCCGCCGCCGCGAGCCCGAGGCGAGCGCCACCCUGCGGCAGGUUGCUGUUGCGCAGCGGCAGAAGCUCGUCGCGGCGCUGUCCGGGCCACUGGUCGGCCUCGCCGCGACAGCCGCCGCCGCCGCCGCAGAGCAGCUCCUCUCGCCGCUGAUCGCUGACGGAGAGUGGUCUGCCUUCUCGGGCCAGCCGGCCGCCACACCGCCAGCCGCCAAGACGAUCGCACCGGCGACGGAGCCGCGCACUGUCUCGUUGUCGACGCCGCCGCAGCGUGGGGAAGCCGUGGAUUUCGUCGUCGAGAGUGUGCAGGAGACGCGUCACAACGGGCCUGUGCGGCUCUUUGCCAACGGCCGGAAGUUCGUCUGCUUUGGCCGAUACGCGAGAGGCGUGCGCUCCGGCCAGCGCAUUCGGGCGGCCGUCGAGCGGCACGAGCCAUCGGGCCGUUUCGGGCCGCAGACCGUUCUCGACCCGGCGACGCUGCGGGUCGGCGAGGCGCACAAGCGGCCGGCAGGCGGCGCGGCAGUCGCCGUCGCGCGUCCUGACAUGCCAGUCAUCUUGUCGGCGAGUCCGAGAACGACGACGGGGGCGGCGCCUCCGGCCAAGUCGGCGCUGCGCGCAGAGUCGGUGGUCGAGGUGGAGGUGGAGGCGCGGCCACAGCCGGACCGGCCGCCAGCGACCACGCCGCCGCAGCCCUCCAGCUCGCCGUCGCCGCCCACCGCCUCUCCGGGCGCCGCAUCGCAUGCCGCGGGCGCGUCGGGCGGCGUGCCCUCGCGGGCGAGCGGCUCCGUCAAGGACAUGGCUGACAAGCUCGCCGCCGAGCUGGGGCUAGCGGAGGGUGCAAAGAUCCCGGAGGUGGCCAAGGCGGCAUGUGGGAUGCUCGAGGUCGACCGCACGGGCAGCCUCGCCGCCCAGAUUGCCGCGUGCUACGCGAAGCUGUUUGCGAAGUGA